AUGACCGACCCCCUUUCCAUCGCAAGCGGGAUCGCAGGCUUGGUCUCCUUGGCUGGGUUUGCAAUUGGUCAAUGCUACCGUUAUGGAUGUGGAGUCUCCAAUGCUCCAGAAGAAUCAAAACGCCUGGUAUCUGAGGUAACUGGCUUGAGCGGGGUCCUGGUUGGUGUACAGGGUAUCGUCAAGUCAAACCCCUCCCUAGGUCCAGAUCUCGAACAUGUUCUAGACGAUUGCAGAUCAAUCUUACAGAGAUUGACUAUCCAGCUACAAAAGCACGAUCCAUUAAAGUCAAAGUCUUCGACAUCCCGCAUUGUCAAUCGGAUGCUAUGGCCGUUGCGAAAAGGUGAGACCGAGGAUUUGAUAGUGGCUCUGCAGCGGCAGAAGAGUUCGUUGUCCUUGACACUCGACACUUUAUCCACCAAUCUUUUACUUGACCAGACUUCUGUCCUAGACGAUUUGGCCGACUCCAUCGCUGACCUGUCCACUCAAGUCAAGUCUCAUCAUGAUAUUCAACAACGAACUGCAGUCUUGGAUUGGCUGUCUGAGUACCAGCACGAGGCUCAAUUCCAACGAGCAUGCCAACUGCAUUGCGACAACACCUGUAGCUGGCUGCUUCACCAUCCAGGGUUUGUCGCCUGGCUUCAGACUAGGUCCUCACUGUUGUGGAUGCAUGGCCAAGCUGGAUCAGGUAAAACAAUUCUGUCCAGUUAUGUCAUCAACUACUUGAAAGGACAACAGACAGCCUCUUCUUUUCUGCUUGCUUAUUUCUAUUAUGAUGCCAGCACGAUCGAAAGUCUGUCUCCCGAGACCUUUUUUGGUGCGAUUCUCAAGCAACUAUGCUCUCUGUUGCCUCAACUACCUCAGAGCAUCAUAGCAGCAUAUGAACGAGCUUCAAGAAGAUCUGGUACACCCAAGCAACCGUCUCUGUCGGAUCUAAGGCGUUCGCUCGAGAAUGUGCUAGAAAUGCAAAUGCCAUGCAUUAUUGUCAUCGACGGACUGGACGAAUCCCCCAACUAUCGGGCGGUUUGUGAUUUUCUCACCUCUAUCGUGGAGUCAGGCAAUUAUGCACUCAAAGUCUUCAUUUCGAGCCGCCCUGAAGUGGACCUACGUCGCCGAUUCGCAAAGUUUCAAGAGAUCCCAGUACCAGAAGACGCUAUUCAGGAUGAUAUUGGAAGAUACAUUGCGUACAGAAUCGAACACGAUGUGCGGUUAAGGCGCAUGAGUCAGAAUAUGAAGGACUACGUGGAGCAUAAACUUCGUCUUGAUUGUCAUGGAAUGUUCCGCUGGGUUCAGUGCCAGCUGGAUGCUAUCUCUCGCUUAAGAACUGAUGCAGCUCUCAAGCGGGCCUUGAGCUCUCUUCCCCAGAGUUUGGAAGGUUCUUACAGCCAAAUUUUGCAAAAUAUCGACUCCGAAGAUGUUACCUUCGCCAGGCGGACCCUGCUCUGGCUAGCUCAUGCAGCAACACCACUCACGCUCCCUCAGCUCUCACAAGCGGUUAUUUUGGAACCUAACUUUGUCCGCAUAGAUCCCGACAUAGAGCUUAACGACCCAAAUGAUGUCCUAGAGAUUUGUGGCUCUCUUGUUUCAUAUAACACAAUAUCUCGGACCGCUCGAAUCGCACACCACUCAGUCCGCGAAUAUCUUACCGAGAGACUCACUGAAGCAUCCGAGUUCUAUAUUCCAGCCCAAACUUCACAUCGUACUAUAGCAGAAGCCUGCCUGAACUAUCUGUUAUUGUGGGACUUCCGACGUGGCCCUCGCUCCGAAAAGGAGCUUAGGUCAGCGCUUCACAGCUAUCCAUUACUUCAGUAUGCCGCUCAGAACUGGCCAUUUCAUGUUCAGUUAUCUGAAGCAGAGGCCGAACUUCAACCACUGAUCCUCCGCCUAAUGACACCCGAGCCAACCCCAAACUUCUUCUUUUGGCUUCAAGUGGUGCUUUUUGACUCACGUCACGGAUACCUACCACCCUCUAGCGAGCUCCUGCGCGCCCGGCCUUUAUACUACGCAACCUCAUAUGGCCUCACAGAAACUGUACGUAGCCUCAUCAGCGCCGGGGCCCCUUUGGACGAAAGAGCUGGACGUUAUGGUGGUACUGCCAUUCAUGCUGCUGUGUGGAGGAAAAGACCAGAGAUAUUACGAAUUCUUCUCGAUGCAGGAGCCAACGCAAUGAUAAAGGACGACAAUGAGCAAACUGCACCAGAGCUAUCACUUUGGAAUGGCCAAUUGGCAAUGUUCAGCAUGUUCAAGGAAUCAGUUGCCAAACUUAUGCGAUCUCUUUUGCAAGAGCGUGCGAAUUUGCUGCCUAUGAGUGACGAAGAAAAGCUGCUCCUACGGGAUUUCGAUGUUAUGCAACCUCACAAAGCCAACGUGGGGGAAGAUGAACCUUGGUGGGUUACUGCUAAGGUGUAUAAAAAACAACCCGAGGAUACGAACGUAGAGCUGAAAGAGGUAGAUGGCGGAUCGGACUCACAAGAUGACCUGAUUACGAGAGUCAAACCAACACAGGCGGACUCUGAAAAGGUGAGAUCUGUUGCUGCUGGUCAACAGGUUGAACUUGGUUGA